AUGGAACGACCACCAAAGUACCAGCCUGUGAGCGCAGAUGAGGAAGCCGAUAUCUUGAGGCAGCUUGAGGAAGAGAAGGAUGGCAUUGCCUGGAACAACGACUCGACAGAGAUCAUUCCAACGAACACGCGUAGUUUUGUCGCGUUCAUGUCCCUGUUGCUGAUAUCACUCUCGGCGAACGUGCUGUUGGUGAUGGACAAUGCGAAACUGCGAAUCUUGACUGAUGGCAUGGGCAAGACACCGUACAGCAGUCUGACCUUCGAUACUCCUAUUCUCUAUGAGCCAAUUUCGCAGUUCUGGAACCCCAAUAUCAGUACCCACGAGAUGGACGCAGCCUGGGACGCUAUCGACACCAGCCCCAUGGCGGUCGCGCUCCAUGAUGACUUCACAAAGAAAGUUGGUCUUCCCCCGUCUGGUCGCUUUCCAUGGGAUACCGAACGCAGCAUCUACUACCUGAAAGGAAUUCACGAUCUGCACUGUGUAAAAUUCAUCCGCAAAGCCAUUGUGUCGAAGCACAGCGGUGAUAAUCAGAGUUUCAACUUGAACCACAUCAAUCACUGCUUGAAUGGCUUGCGACAAGACAUCAUGUGUGCAGCAGACGACACUCCAAUGCCAGCUCUAACAGGACACAUUGGUGAUGGUCAGGUUCGAAAAUGUCGUGAUUGGAAUAAAAUGACCAGAUGGGCAACCCAACCAGACCGACACGCUUGUUACAAGAUCAACGAUUACCGCGAAGCCACGAACACUCUCGAACAAUUUGCGUUCUGUCCGCCAAAUUCGCCUUAUCAGCCCAUUCAACAGGCUUACUUUGAUUAUCAUGGACACAAAGAUCCGUAUGAGCUGAAAGACGAAGAGGAGGUUAUCGCUUUCUAA